CUUUUUGAAGUUUUCUUUUAUCCAGUAAUUUAAUGGAUAUGUCAAGCUUUCUUGUUUAGUCCAUCUUAAGUCAUUCAUACACAAUCCAUCAGUAAACACUAAAAAAAGGUUAUUACAGCUGAAGUUAACACAUCAUGACACAAAUGACUCCUAAACACAAACACAGCAGUACAAAAGUAUUUUCAACCUGGUUUUAAACAUAAUGAAAAUUACCUUUUUCCUUAGUAUAUAUUAGUAAAUGCUGGUAUUGCUGCAUAAACAUUUAACAUUUUCAAAAUGAAUUCUUAUUUUUUGAAAUUAGACUGUUUUAGUAAGUUGUUCAUAAAUAAUGUUAGUACACAUUUAUUGUUGAUUGACAUAAAGUAGGAUGCUUUAUUAUUAUUCUUUUAAAUUGUUUCAUAAUAGGUCAGUUUGGUUUGCCAAAAGUUGAAAUCUCUAAAGAACAACUGAAGCUAUUAAUUUCACAAGGAUACACAGGGAAAAGAAUUGCAGAACACAUAGGAUGUUCUGCAUCUUAUAUUUAUAAACGCCUGAAAACUGAGGGUCUGUCACCAAGACAGAAAUUCAGCAGUAUAGCAGAUAAUGAACUGGAUGAAGAAUGCAAAAGACUACAAGCAAGUUGUCCAAAUGCCGGUUCUGAGAUGAUGUCAGGAAUGCUAAGAGCAAGGGGAAUACAUGUGCAAAGGGACAGACUUCGACGCACAUUGGCUAGACUUGACCCAGUUGGCACUGCUCAGAGAUGGUCACAAACUGUUCAAAGAAGGUCAUACCAUGCCGUCUCACCUAACAGUAUAUGGCACAUUGACAGUCACAUGAAGCUUAUAAGGUGGGGCUUUGUUGUACAUGGUGCUAUCGAUGGCUUUUCCCGUCUAAUACCUUAUUUAAGUUGUGCUACAAAUAAUUCUUCAUCCACGGUGCUACAGACUUUCUGCAGGGGUGCUCUACAGUAUGGAUUACCAUUAAGAGUGAGGUCUGACCAAGGCACAGAAAAUGUUCAGGUAGCACUGCUUAUGAAUGCCAUCAGAGGAUUACACCGUGGCAGCCAUAUAACUGGACUUUCUGUCCACAACCAGAGAAUUGAAAGGCUAUGGAGAGAUGUAUUUCAACAGGUUCUCUUCCCCAUCUACAAAGAAUUUUAUGAAAUGGAAGAUAAUGGAAUACUUGAAGAAGGCAACAGUUUACACAAAGGAUGUCUACAAUAUGUUUACUACUCAACAAUUAAUCAAAGAUUGGAAAUGUUCAGAGAAGGCUGGAAUAAACAUAGAAUUAGAACUGAACACAACAGAACACCGGAACAAAUAUGGUUUGAUAGCUUGUCCACUAUAUCUCACCAAACAAGUCUGUCUGACAUGAAUACACAACAGUUUAGAGAGAGUUUAAUAGAACAUUUACAAAGAAUAGGUGCAUCAUUUUCAGAUGAUGCAUAUAUGGAGUCUCAGGAGACAUUCAACCCACUUGAAAUGUCUGUCCAAAAUCUACAGAUACUACAAGAUGCUAUUCAGCUAGAAACAAAUUUAAAAGAUAAAUAUGCAUGUUGUGUUCAAAAGGCCAAUGAGCUAUUAACAGAUACCCAAACAUAGUGUCCACUCCAUUUUGCAUGUAGUAUUAAAAAAUUGUUCAUGAGUACAUUGGCAAGGUCCAGCAUCGACAGUAAUGCAUACUACAUGGUAAACAGCGUGUUAUAACCAACCAAAAUUCAUUUUUACU